AUGUCGAACGAAAUUUGCACUUCUCUUUGUCCGAAUUGCGCGAAUACUAGUUGGUGCACAGCAUGCAACUCCAAACGUUUUUUUAAAUUAAAUUGGACUAAUAAUCCAGAAACAAACGAUUUUAUUUAUAAUACUCAAACAACUGCCGAAUGUCACGAACAUGUGUUCGAAUUCGUUGAUCAAACUAAAUUUAAAUUAGAAAAGAUCCCAAAUUCUAAUAACUAUAUUGCCGAUUGGGAAGAAGGAUAUUUAUUAUCUUGGAACGAAGAAUUACAUAAGUGGAAUCGUCAGGAAAAACAGCGGGUUAAGUUAAUAACUAAUUAUUACUGCGACAAGCUUUUGGUUCGCUUUCUUAAAGAGGAACAUGAACAUUCGAAAAAAGAACCGUCAGACCGGCUAGUUUACGGAAUAACAUAUAUUGAAUCUGAAGGUUAUGCUGUAAUUGAAAAAUUAGUUGAGUGUUCUCAUUGUCAUUGUAAAAAUAUAUCUCCCCGUUGGUGUAUCAGUUGCAUUACCAAAUAUUUCGAACAAAAUAGUUUGAAAAGCGGAAACUCAAAAAUUGAUAAUUUCUUUUACGAAACACAAAAAAAUUCCGAAUCUCCCGGCCACGUCUUAGAAUGGAUCCCAGGAAAUCAAUUUAAAAAUCUUGAAUUGAUUGACAAAGGUGCAUUUGGUGCUGUUUAUAAGGCUACGUGGGAAAAUGGAUAUAUUAAUAAAUGGGUUAGCAAUAAGAGAGAAUGUGAAAGAUUCGGAGAGAUGCCGGUUGCCUUAAAACGUUUAAUGAAAGAUGAUAUAAAUGAUGUUCUUAAAGAGGUUGAAGUUAUGUAUGAAUGUCGUAAAAUUAAUCUGGGCUCUUUAGAUUGUUAUGGGAUAACACAACUUCAUGACAAUUAUCUAAUUUCAAAAAGACCAAAAGUGAUUGAAGGGACUCCUGAAUGUUAUAAGGACUUGAUGAUUAGAUGUUGGGAUGCCAUUCCAGGUAAACGUCCUGAUGCUCAAGAAUUAACUGAAACUUUGGAGGAAUGGGUUAAAAUUCUUUCAGAUGAUAAUUUAAAUGAAGAACAUGAAAUAAGGAAACAAUUUAAAUCCGCUAUACCAAAAAAGCCGGAAAUGGAUGAAAAAUUCGAUAAAAAAUUUUUUACUAGUCGCGUUCAUCCAAAAAUUACUCAAGCUAUUACAACCGCUUUAAUACUUUCUUCGAAGGGUAUUACUCUUGGUAAAUUAAAAACCAUAGUCAUUCCAGGAAGCUCAUAA